UUGACCAAUAAGGAGUCGAUAUGAUGGGUAGGCGCAAAAUCUGUAGUGGCUCCUUACAUAAAAAAAACAAGUAGAUACUUAAUGUUGUAUUGGUAGUAAGAAGGCGUCGCUGUUACAUUUAAUACAUUUUAAAUUAUUUUCCCAAGCGACUGACUGGACAAAUCUUGUGUGCGGUUUAAGCCGCAAAAAAAUGCGGAAGAAGCUAUUCACCAAAUAGAAGUGGGGUAAGCUAAUACAGCUAGUGAGCUAGCUUAGCUCAUACCACAAUGUCCAGUCUUCCUCAGAAUAAUUUGAAGGAACAGCUGGCGAGACACAGCAGCGCUGCUCCGAGCAAGUUGUCGUUGGCUAAACCUAAACUUGGGGGCUUUUCUUUCAAAAAGAAGUCCUCAUCAGACACACCCAAAGUAGAAGUUCCAACCAAGGUAACCAUCUCACCUGUUUUGGCCAGCAGGAAUGUCAAUGUUCCUCACAGCAAUUUGGUGACUAAAUCUCCUCUGACGUUUUCAAAUAAGCUUGAGAAAUCCCAGAGUUCCAAAAUCAACAACUACUACUCUGUAAACGCCAACUUCAAGCGGCAUGUGGUCAGUCCUGCUAGUAAGUGCACUUUUGCAGCACAGCCACCUCCAUCAGGUACUAAAGCCCCAAAUUCAUCUAAGAUGGACAAACAUUUCACAUGUGGCAACGAUGGUAGUUCCACAGCUCUGGAUACAUCUCUCGGAUUCCCACUAGAUGACUGGGAUGAUUUUGAUGAUUUUGAAACUCCUGUCAAAAGCAAAAAUGACUCUGUCACUCCAGAAAGCAAGCUGCAAGGCAGUGCCAUCUCCAGUAAAGAAGAUGCAGAAUCCACAGAGAAACUGCACCACAGUACAUCUGGUGUGUCAGAGAUAAGUAGCAGUCUUGUAAAAAAGAUUGAUUGUUUUGUUAAUGAAGAGUCUCAUAUACAAAAAAAGGAUCUGGAACACUCUGUUGAAACUGCUGCAGUUUCUCCAAGCUCAUUCUCCGUUCAAGAGCAAAUCAAUUGUGAAAUGGAGGAUUCUCCCAUAAAAAUGAACAGAAGGCGCCCUGCACAGUUAAACUCUGUGAGUGAUAGUGAUGAAGAUGUUCCCAAGCCUUUCAGAAGAAGAACAGGUGAUAAGAGUAAAUGGGUUGAUCCAAGUAUCAUCAAACUUGACACAUCAGAGCCUGAGGAUGAGCUGGAUUUCAUUCCCCCAUCUCCUGUACCAGAUGAGAGUAGGGGUACCACUCCUCCAAUAGAUACAAGAUUUCAUUUACCUGAUUCUGCAAUCAGAAAUGACACAAAGGCACCAGUGACAUCUCAGUAUUACUCUGACUGUGGCCAAACUGGCAAAUCAACUGACCAGCUCUUCGAUAUCAUGGAGACAAUUUGCACUCUUGUUGAUUCCAUCCCUGAACAUGAACUAAUAGGUUUGUCAUGUGGAAAUACGCUUUUAUUAAGAGGGCCCAGAGCUGACACUUUCUUCCCCAGGAAACUGAUCCUUACAAGUGGCGGUGACAGUUUACAGAAAACAUCAUUUGUUCAUGAUUCUCCUCAUAUUGGAUUAUCCAUCAACAAUUUGUCCACAGACUCCAACGAACCUCUUCAGCUCAGGAGCUCUUCAGUCAUAUCUGUGGACGCUGAUCCCUCAAACAGUGUGAUGUCUGUUGAUGAUCAUGUGGAAAAUCAGAGUGUAUGUGAUAGUCCAUCCACACUCAAUCUUAAAAACAUGACUGAUAAUUUCACAAAGACAAGCACAGACAUGGACAGCUCAGACCUGUUUUCAGAGACUGCUGUGCAAAACUGCAUGAUUGAUAACAAAGCAAGUACUCCAGCAGCAAUUAAAGAUCCAGUAAAUUUAAAUGAUAUAGAUCCAGAUGAUUUCUACAAUGAUGAGUUUGAUAUAGACGACUUUGAUGAAUCAUAUAUCCCUGAUUACUUUGAUGAACCUACAACUUCAGUGUUGCCAAAAAACUCUGCUGCUGGGACUACAACAGUAAAGAAAGAGGAACCGAUGAAGUCUUCCUGGGAGUUAAAACCAGUAACACCUCCCUCUGCAGCUAAACCUUUAAAGAUUUACUCUCCCGAACCCACUUUUAAGAACCCUGCACAUGAUCGCUUCAGAGGGUUUGGUUUCACCCACUCGCAAGAGAUGAUGAAGAUCUUUCACAAGCGUUUUGGCCUUCACCAAUUUCGGUUCAAUCAACUUGAAGCGAUAAAUGCUGUCCUUCUGUGGGAAGAUGCAUUUAUUUUAAUGCCCACAGGUGGGGGUAAAAGCCUGUGCUAUCAGUUGCCUGCCUGCUUGUCACCAGGAGUCACUGUGGUAAUCUCCCCACUCAAAUCACUCAUAGUUGACCAGAUCCAAAAACUCACUACUCUGGAUAUCCCAGCAACAAGUCUUACUGGUGAUAAAAGUGACAGUGAAGCGAGGAGAAUUUAUAUGCAGCUUUCCAGGAAAGACCCCAUCAUCAAACUACUUUAUGUCACUCCUGAAAAGGUCAGUGCCAGUAAUAAGCUGAUCAGCGCUCUGCAGAACCUGUAUGAGCGAGGGCUAUUAGCUCGGUUUGUCAUUGAUGAGGCCCAUUGUGUUAGUCAGUGGGGACACGAUUUCCGUCCAGACUACAAGAAGCUGCACGAGCUGCGUCAAAAAUUUCCCAAAGUGCCCAUGAUGGCUUUGACAGCCACUGCCACACCACGUGUCCAGAAAGACAUCCUCAAUCAGCUGAAUAUGACUCGGCCACAGAUCUUUACCAUGAGUUUCAACCGAAUAAACCUGAAGUAUGCAGUUCUGCCCAAGAAACCCAAGAAGGUCGAUGAGGACUGCAUCAUCUGGAUCAAGAAGCACUACCCACGUGAUUCUGGCAUUGUGUAUUGUCUAUCCCGUAAUGACUGCGAUGCCAUGGCAGGGAGUCUGCAGAGAGCCGGAAUACUGGCUCUGUCUUAUCAUGCAGGCCUGAGAGACAGCGACAGAGAUUAUGUGCAGAGCAAGUGGAUCAAUCAGGAUGGUUGCCAGGUUAUUUGUGCCACCAUCGCCUUUGGUAUGGGAAUUGACAAACCAGAUGUGCGCUAUGUGAUUCAUGCCAGCCUCCCCAAGUCAAUGGAGGGUUACUACCAGGAGUCGGGGAGAGCAGGCAGAGAUGGAGAGAUUUCUCACUGCAUUCUCUUCUACUCCUACUCCGACGUCCAGCGCAUCAAGAGAAUUAUUAGCAUGGACAAAGAAGGGGACAAACACACUAAGGCGACUCAUUACAGCAAUCUGCACAGCAUGGUGCAGUUCUGUGAGGAUGUGAUGGAUUGCCGAAGAAUUCAGUUGCUCGCAUACUUUGGCGAGCUUAAGUUCAACAAAAGGUUCUGUAAAGAUCAUCCAGAUGUCAGCUGUGACAACUGCACCAAACCAAAUCAAUACAAGGUGAGGAAUGUUACAGAAGAUGUGAAGAAGAUUGUGAAGUUUGUCCAAGAGAACUGCGAGAAAGUUGGUGCAAGGUUUGGCAAGACGGCUCAGCAAAACAGACUGACUCUGAAUAUGCUGGUGGAUAUCUUCAUUGGGUCUAAAACUGCUAAGAUUCAGAAAGGAAUGUUUGGGAUUGGAAGUGCCUACUCCAAACAUAAUGCUGACCGUCUUUUCAAGAAGCUGGUUUUGGAAAACGUGCUGCUUGAGGACCUCUACAUCACUAACCAUGGCCAGACUGUAGUCUAUAUCUCAGCUGGGCCAAAAGCCAUGAAUGUUGUGUCGGGAUACAUGCAGGUGGAGUUUUAUGAGACAGAGAGCGCAUCCAGCCUCAGGAAGCACAAGACUGCUGUGGCCCAGAAAGUCUCCCAGAGAGAGAACAUGGUUCAGCAGUGUCUGAAGGAGCUGGUGGAUCUGUGCAAAGAGCUGGGCAAAACAUUUGGCAUUCAUUAUUACAACAUAUUCUCUACUGCCACCUUGAAAAAGAUAUCUGAGAGGCUUUCUUCUAAUCCAGAAGUCCUCCUUCAAAUUGAUGGUGUGACAGAGGACAAGCUGGAGAAGUAUGGAGCAGAAGUCAUUCAGGUCCUCCAGAAAUACUCCGAUUGGCAGCUACCUGAAGAGCAGCAGGUCGCUAACACAGGAGAUGCUGAAGGGUGGAUAGACACAGCACGAGGGUGCACACAUGGAGACCUGUGUGACGAGGAUGAGUCCUCCAGUUACUUUGAUAAUAGGAAUGUGCAAGGGCAGAAGAGGAAGAAAGCGCCAUUCUUCAAGUAUUCCAAAAAAAGAAAGGAUACAGCAACUAAUGCCAACUCUAAAGGCCGAGGCUAUGCUGGCAAUAAAUCGUGGUCAUCAUCCACUUCAAAAGCUGGAUCAAAAAGUUACCCCCAGUCUGGAGGAUGGGGCUUCACUAGCGCAGCAGGAGGGACAUCAGCAGGUAGGAGGCCUGGCUUCUUGUCCAUCCCAACACCGCAGACAAACCAGCGGCCCUUUUUGAAGCCAGCCUUCUCACACAUAUCUUAGCACUAUGUCUGCUGUAUCUGACUGCUAAACAAUGUAAACUUUCCUACAUUUCCAACCAGUAACGUGUUACCUGUUUUAUCCCUGCUCCUUGUGCAUAAUUUGUAUUUAUAUUCUGUACAGUUGUCUUUUUUGAUCGUAAAAUUGUAGCGAGUAGUACGAGGUGGUGACUUUUGACUUCCAUGUACAUGUAAUUUUUAAUUAAAGGCUUUGCAUAUAUCUUUGA